AUUCAAUCCAUGUCACCACUUACAAUUAAUUUCAAUGAGUUUAUCGACCUCACAAUCAAUCCAUAUUAUGGAACAAUAAAUAUAACCAUGCUGCACACAUUACUUCAUCUCAUCAUCGAUCAAUUGAAAUUGUCAUCGUGUCUGGUUGAAAUUCAUGGGAACGAAAGUGCAACGAUUGAAAAUCAAAUUCUAUGUAAUAAGAGUUAUCAGUGUGGACUGAAAGUAAAGCAGUAUGAAAUUAAACAGGAAAUUGAUGAAGGAAGUUCAAAUGGAAAUGAAUACGAAAAAGGGAAUCGAAUUGAAAUUGAGGAAGGAAUGCCUGAAAAGAGAAAAUUAUUUGAAGUCGCUGAUAUUUUUGAGCAAAAUAAUCAAUCCUCCACUCCCAUCGGUUAUCCAUUAAAGCCCAUUCAACCAAUAUCUAUUGAAGAUUUUGAAUCGUUUGAAACCAAAGUCAAUAGCAUUCAUGACAUAGUGGCUAGUGUAAUGCCAAGUGAUAGCACUAUUAUUAAGGAAUGUGAGCAAAAUGGUAAUUCGAUGAAGGCAAUGAUAGAUCUAGUUAAUGCUUCAAAACGCAUUGAUGCUUUAGAAAUUGGAUUACAACAAAUGGCAAAUGCAUUAAAAGAUAGUCAUUGUAAAAACAUCCAAAUUGACCAAGUACAAAAGAAAAUUGAAGAAAAGGUUUCAAAAAUUGAAAAUUUUGAGCCAAAACGAGAUUCCAAACAAAAAGAUCUCAUAGAUGAAGAGCAUAUAGCAGCUACCAAAGAAGCAUUAGGCAUUGUAAAGCAUAAAUUGAGUUAUUUAGAAGAUGCUAUAGAUAAUAUACAUUGUAAGUGCAAUGACGAUGAUUAUGAGAUGCUUUUGUUCGAGCGUUUUUAUGAAAAAGCCGAGAUUAAUUUUGAAGCAAAAUUAUCAACAUUAAAAGAAGACAUAAAAAGUAUGCAAAAUACUUAUAAUGAUAAAAUUAAUCAGCUGACAAUUGAUAUAAUGGAUGACAGAAUAUCCAUUUCAGAAAGUCUGAAGAAACAUGAAGCUUAUUUAUUAAACUCCUUAAAAGAAAUUCAACAAAUUUUUAAUACAAAAUUAAACCAAAGUGAAGUAACUGAACUUAAAAUGUAUAUUAAAGAAAUUCUGAAAAGUUUUGAAGAAAAGAUUGAAAACAUUGAUUGUAAUCGAGCUAUAGCUGCGGGAAUCAAAGAAAAAAUUUUCAAAGACAUCACCUGUAUUUCAUGCGGCGACAGAGUCAUACAAAUCGACGAUCCUAUGGCAACGACAACACAAAUGUUUGGCAGAGUUUUCACAAAACGAACCACUAUAGUUGAUAAUCAACAACUCAACCUUUCUGAAUUGAAAACGAGGAUAUGCGGAGGAAAUCAUACAAUAACAGUGCCAAGGGAACGAAUUUUUCGGUCAAAAGAGAGAGAAAUUGUCAAAAAAUAAAAUGUCAUUUCAUGAGAACUGAGUAGAUCCUUUUCAUAAAAUUUGAAUAUGAUAUAAAUUUAUAA